AUACUACCUGGUCUCGCUGCUCGCCAAGGUUUUCGAUCAACCGCUCUCUGUCUUCUAAAAGUAAAAACCAUCUAGCUUUACCGUUUAAAUCAAGAUGCUGUUUUCACUUCCCCUAUUCCUCGCUCCCGCCCUCGUCGCCGCCCACGGUGCUGUUACCAGCUACGAGAUCGGCGGCAAGACGUACGAAGGCUACCAGGGAUUCUCUCCGGUGGCCGGGGCUCAGAUCAUCCAGCGACAAUGGCCGGACUACAACCCCAUCAUGACCGUCACGGACCCGAAGAUGACCUGCAACGGUGGCACCUCGGCCCCCAUCGCUGCUGAAGUCGCGGCCGGCGAGAACGUGACGGCGAUUUGGGCACAGUGGACGCACGAACAGGGCCCCGUCACCGUCUACAUGUACUCCUGCGACGGAGAGUUCACGGCCUGCGACGGCAAGAGCAAGAAGUGGUUCAAGAUCGAUGAGAUGGGGCUGUGGGGUGACGUGCUGAACAGCAACAACUGGGGAACCGCCCUCGUCUACAAGAACCUGAAGUGGUCGAGCAAGAUCCCCGAGACCCUCAAGCCUGGAAACUACCUCAUUCGCCACGAGCUGCUCGCUCUUCACCAGGCCAACACGCCCCAGUUCUACCCAGAGUGUGCGCAGAUCACCGUUACCGGUUCUGGCACGGCUGUUCCCAGCGGUGAAUAUCUUACCUCUAUCCCCGCGUAUGCCGCGCAGUCUGACCCCGGUAUCAUGGUUGAUAUUUACAUGGGUUCGGCUACUUCGUACAAGGUCCCUGGGCCUGCGGUCUGGACUGGCUGAACGGUAUAGGAAUGAGUAAUGCAGCAGGAAUUUACGGAAUAGUUGUAUCUUUCAAUGAUAGCAUCAUGAAUUGCAUA